UCAGCCUAAUUCUCCGUCGGUCUGCCAUUGUCGGAUUCAACGUUUGAUUGCAAGAUUUGCUUGUGUUUGAGUAGCCUUCUUGGUUUUUUUUUUUUAAAAAAAAAUUCUGAUUUUUUUUCUUCAUAUUUUCAGAUUUUUUGGAAGGUUUUAGAGAGAGAAAGUGUCAAAGAGUGAUUUUGUGAUAUGGGAAACGUCUCGUAAAGCCUUAACUUACUUUAUCGAGUAUUUAUAUACGGAGGGCAAUUUAGGAAAUUCAUGUAAAAAAUGUGAACGUCACCUAGUAAAAUGCGAAUGACGUUUAACAACACCCCUUUUAAAACAAAGGUUAGAGAACAUUCUUUUCCACUCAAUUGUGGCUAACAUGCAAUAUUGUUAUUGUCAAAAAUUCCUAAAAGUGGAAAAUAAUCAAAAUAUAAGUUACAAAAAAAAAAAAAAAAAAAAAAAAAAGAGAAAAUAAAAUAAAGAAAGGAAUUACACAAAAUUCCCCCCAAUCAGUUCCCAGGUCCCAGAGUCAAAUGUUCAUAAUUUCUGGUUGGUCUAUCCAUUUUUGGUCUUCAUCAAAUAAAUCACCCAGAUUUUCCAGCACAACAACAAGAUUUUGGUAGAAAAUUAUACAAUUUCCUAGAUUUUUGCCCCCAAAAUUCUAAAAGUUUAGUUAAUUUUCUACUUCUAGAUCACCGUUGUUUACAGAAGAAGCCGCUUCUGGGUUUUUCUACUCUCAUGAAACUUGGUGCUGUUCAAUUGGGGCAAGUUGCAACAUGCUAAGAAGAGUGGUAGGGGAAUAUUGGGGACUUAAAUCGUGUGUUAGAUAGUAUGAUGGAGAAGAAGAAAAUAGAUGAAGAUGAUUCUGGACCAUCAUCACCUAAACUAGUGGACAGAUUUGGGUUUAUAAAGCCAGAAAGUAGCAGUUCUCCUGAUCAAUUAAAGAGGAGCAAGUCGACUUCUGGAUCAGAGAGGGAGGAAAGAAGAGUUCGAAAAUGGAGAAAGAUGAUUGGGGUUGGUGGGAGUGAUUGGAAGCAUUUUGUAAGGAGGAAACCUCUUGUCGUUAAAAGACGUGUAAGAAAAGGUAUUCCUGAUUGUUUGAGGGGCCUAGUUUGGCAAUUAAUCUCUGGAAGUCGUGAUCUCUUGCUCAUGAAUCCUGGGGUCUAUGAGCAACUGGUUAUAUAUGAGACUUCAGCGUCAGAGCUGGACAUUAUUCGAGAUAUAUCACGUACUUUCCCAUCUCAUGUCUUCUUCCAGCAAAGGCAUGGUCCUGGUCAGAGAUCACUCUACAACGUUCUAAAAGCAUAUUCUGUAUAUGACAGAGAUGUUGGAUAUGUUCAGGGUAUGGGGUUCAUAGCUGGUCUACUGCUUCUUUAUAUGAGCGAGGAAGAUGCAUUUUGGUUGCUGGUUGCAUUGCUUAAAGGAGCUGUUCAUGCCCCGAUGGAAGGGUUAUAUCUGUCAGGAUUGCCUUUGGUACAACAAUACCUUUUUCAGUUUGAUCUUUUGGUGAAGGAAUACUUGCCCAAGCUUGGAGAUCAUUUUUCUCAAGAGUUGAUAAACCCCAGCAUGUAUGCAAGUCAAUGGUUCAUCACUGUGUUCUCUUAUUCUUUUCCCUUUCACUUGGCCCUACGAAUUUGGGAUGUCUUUCUUUAUGAGGGUGUAAAAGUUGUCUUCAGAGUUGGUUUGGCCCUCUUGAAGAGUUGUCAAGAUGACUUGACGAAGUUACCUUUUGAGUCACUCAUACAUGCGUUGAAAAAUUUUCCUGAAGAAGUCAUGGACCCUGAUACAUUGUUGCCCUUGGCCUAUUCAAUCAAGAUUUCGAAGCGUUUAGAAGAAUUGAAACUUGAAUAUGAGAAAGUACAUGGGAAAGAAGGCCAAUCUAUUAUCACAAGAGGGAAACAGAAGCAGCUGUUAGAAAGGAAUGGUUCUUCUCGUCAUAGCAAGCAAGCUGAAAAGCAGAAAGGAGGAUUAAUUCAGUCUCCUGAAGCUGUCUUGCUACAAAAACUCUCAUUGCGGCGACAUUUCUCUCAUCGAAAGGCAGAAUAUGACAAGCUUGAUGGGUCAGUAACUCAAUCUGGUCAGGAGUUACAAAGACGUGAUUCUCAGCUUAUGUCUAGACACGCCACUAGUUAAUACAGCAAACAUUGAUUCUUUCAUUCUUUCAUAGUGUGAUUGUACAUUUGGGUGAAUGUAUACAAAACAUUCUUUAGGCCAAUAUGAUUGCUUAUGCGAUCUGAUUUUUGUGGAUAUAUAUAUAUGUCUUCUUGGUAAUAUAAUCAUGGUGAUUUUUUGAAA